AUGGCAGAUUUUGCAGCAAAUCUGUCCUUCAAAGCCAGAGAGAUUCUCUCGACUCCAAGCCACGAAGGCUUAGUGACGCUCGUCGAUCAACUCUUCACGCCUAGAGAAUCCGAAGAAUACUUAAAAGCUCGUAUUCUCUACGACUUUUGCGUCUCUAAUUUCCCAGACUGCUUAACCCUAAAGCUUCUCAAGAUCUAUAGAUUCUCUUCCGACGACGUCGUCAGACUCCGAUCUAUCUCGCACCUCUCUGAAACUCUCACGGAAAACCGCAACAACUUCGAGAUCUCUGGCCUCGCUCUCGACGAGAUCAAACCGCUUCUGAUAUCUUGCUUGACGGUGCAAAACCCUAGAAAGGUUGAUACAGACUACUUGAGAGUCAUUGUUUCUUUCGUAGCUUAUAACGUUAUGGUCUCUCGUAAUGAACGAUGGGAAGAGCUUAGUGAUUAUAUACUCUUGCUUGUGAAUCAAGAUCCGAUUAGGGCGUUUAGUUACUUCGUAGAUUUGCCAUCGCUUUACGUUGGAUUCAUUCACAGGUUCUUCCAUAGGUUACGUGAGGAAGUGUACAAGGUUUUGCUUCGUCCUGAGAAAGAUAGAGAUGGAUAUUGGAUCUUGGCUUUGAAAGCUGCUGUUAAAAUGGGGAUUCAGAUUAUAGAUUCCGACAAUAGAUUCGAUUUGACAAGAGAGAUACUUCACAAUGUUCUGAAAUCUGCUAGUGAUGUUGUGUGGAUGGGGAUGGAAAGAGAGUUUCUGAUAAGAGGGAUUAAAUCUCUCGAGAGUUACCUUGAGAAAGACGCUAAAAUGUGCAAAUGGAGUGCCAAACAAUGCCGUUUUGUGGCAUCGUUUGCGUACGGGGUCUCAGGAGUAGGCAAAAAUACAAAGGAAGCUGCCAAGAACAUCUUUGUAAUGGUUACGAAAAUGGAUAAGUAUGUUUGGAGUUCGGCCUUCAAACUCAACCAUUUUUGCGUUGAUAAUCAUCAAGAUGUCAGAGUUGGAUGUGACCUUGAAUUGUACUACCAGUUUUGGAAAUGUACUCCAGUGGAAGUCUUGAGUUCCUUUGCAGCAUCUGGUUCUGAUGAUAGGUCAAGAGUGAUAGCAAUCAGACGACUCUACGAUGUAGUCUGUGAUCACACUUCAGACCAGUGGGAAAUAGAUGUUUCAGAGAUCAGAGAUCUUCAGCCAUUGCUCAUCAAAUGCCUAAAGGAAGAAGGAAUGCCUGAGAGCCUAUACAGGAUACUUGGUCAGGUGGUGUUCCAUGUUGCACAGGAGACGUUUAACUACGAAAAGGAUCCAUGGUUUGAUCUAUGGGACUAUAUUGCAUCAGAAAGCAAAGCAGAGUUCAAGAAAGCCGUAUAUAUCUUCCAGUGUUUAACAAUGCAGCUUGAGUUUAAAGAAUUUGUUGUUCCUGCUAUAACCAAUCUUCUUCCAGAGAUUCAUAGCAGGCUAACUGCACCAAAAGAGUUGUUAGUUGAUAACAGUAACUGGGUCUUGACGUUUACGGGUGCUUACUGUUCAGCAAUUCACUUGCUAGAGAUCAAAAGUCAGGCUGGAUACGUUAAGGAAAUUGCACAUAAGAUGAUAAAUUCUGUGAAAGAGCUUGUGGAAAGAGGAAUGGAAGUUGGGCUUGUGAUGAGAGCUUUCAGAGAUCUUGAACGCAUUGUGGAGAAACAAGGGGACUGGUACAUGACUUGUGAGUACAGAUUCCUCAAAGGUUUGCUUCAGAGGCUCUACACAAUCAAAGGUAUGAAAAUGGAAAGUAAGAUUGUGUUGUGGAGAAUUAAUGUUAAUAAGAUCGAGAGGUCAGUGGAUGAUAAUCUUAAAGUGUUCCCAAAGAGUGAGUUUGAUUGGCUGAACCAACCUGAGUCUUAGGCAAAUUCA